AUGGACGCACGCAAGAAGAAGAGAAAGGUGCUCUUGAUGGGCAAGAGUGGCUCGGGGAAGUCGUCUAUGCGCUCCAUAAUUUUUAGCAAUUACGUCGCUAAGGAUGUGCGCCGCCUCGGUGCUACUAUCGAUGUGGAGCACAGUCAUGUCAAGUUCAUGGGUAACCUGACUCUCAACUUGUGGGACUGUGGAGGACAAGAUGCAUUUAUGGAGACCUACCUCGCCUCACAGCGCGGUAACAUCUUCUCGGAUGUCGCCGUGCUUAUCUACGUCUUCGACAUCGAAUCCCGAGAAGUCGAUCGCGACCUGGACACGUACAAUGCGAUCAUCGAAGCUCUGGGCGAGUUCAGCCCCAAUGCCUACGUCUUCUGUCUCGUGCACAAGAUGGACCUCAUCCAAGCCGAGCACCGCCAACGCAUCUACGAAGAGCGCUCCGCUCUUAUCCGCAGCCGGUCUAAGGACUUUCGCGUCGACACCUUUGGCAGUAGCAUCUGGGACCAAUCACUGUAUAAGGCAUGGGCUGGGAUAGUGCACAAGCUCAUUCCGAAUCUUACCGUGAUUGAACGGUUCCUGAGCGCGUUCGCAAAGAAGAUCGACGCCGAGGAGGUGAUUCUUUUCGAGCGGUCUACCUUCCUGACUGUUACAUCUGUCACCUCGGAUGUAGGCGAGCUAAACCCCAUCUACGACCGCCAUGAGCGCCUUUCAAACAUCAUGAAAGCAUUCAAGCACUGCGCCGCCCGCAACACAAUGACCACCCCCGCCUCAGCCGGGUUCGUGGUCAUGCACACCAAAACGCCGCAAUUCAACAUUUUCCUCGGUCGCUUCACAGACAAUACCUACAUCUUCCUAGUCGUGCCUCCGGGCGAGGCCGCUUACAACUGCGCCGUGCUGAACACCAUGCUAGCCCGAGAAGGCUUCUCCAAAGCCGCGUCUGCAGGUCGAACGGAUGGCUUCCCGCUUCCGCCGCCGGAAACGUCGGAGGAUGCAACUAAUGGAUUGUCAUAA